AACUGCAGUAAAAAGCCGGAAGUACAUAACGUAAUUUUUGGUUUUACCCCGCGAAGGUUUGGACGUCAACAAGAUUGAGUUUCUCAAUUUGGUCAGGACACCAUGAGUAAACGAAAGUCUAAGGAUGCUCCAAUGCCACUUGGCAAAUGUAUCACACAGCUUCAGAAGUGUAUGAGGGAGCGACUUUGCCAGGAGCAGCUCCCUAGCAGGCUUGAAGCAUCAGAGGCCCACCACAAACACUUGCUGGGGUUGCUGACGCGAACUGCCAUCAAUGGGGAAAGUAACUCUGUGCUCAUCGUAGGUCCGAGGGGAUCAGGGAAAACCACGCUCCUCAAAUGCGUGUUAAGAGACCUGAUGCAGGAAAAAGAAGUGCAGAACAACCUCCUGCAGGUUCAACUGAAUGGCCUCCUGCAGACUGACGACCGAAUAGCUCUAAAAGAAAUAACACGACAACUCAAUCUGGAAAAUGUUGUUGGAGACAAAGUGUUUGGGAGCUUUGCAGAGAACCUGGUAUUUCUACUGGAAGCACUGAAGAAAGGUGACCGCAGCACCACCCGCCCAGUCUUGUUUGUCCUGGAUGAGUUUGACCUGUUCGCACACCACAAAAACCAAACUCUGCUGUACAACUUGCUAGACGUGUCUCAGUCCGCUCAGGCGCCGGUCGCUGUGGUUGGUCUCACCUGUAGGCUUGAUGUUCUGGAGUUACUGGAGAAGCGGGUGAAAUCACGCUUUUCCCACCGUCAGAUCAACCUGCUUAACAGCCUGAGUUUCACUCAGUACUUGGAGCGAGUCAAAUCCCAGCUCAGCCUGCCGGAUGACUUUCCCGACAAGAGGUUUGCUCAGAACUGGAACAGCAGUGUGCAGAGUUGUUGUGAAGACCAAUCGGUGACAGAGGUUUUACGGAGACAUUUUAACUCCAGUAAAGACUUCCGAUCAAUGCACAGGCUGCUGAUGUUGUGUUUAAGUCACAUCUCUACUGUAAAUCCGACCAUCAAACCAGCAGACGUGCUAGAAGCCAGCAAACUAUGUUUCAGCGACGCCAAGUCUAAUAUGCUUCAUGGGCUUUCCAUCCUCGAGUUGUGCCUGGUCAUUGCCAUGAAGCACCUCAAUGACAUCUACGAAGGAGAACCCUUUAACUUUCAGAUGGCUCACAACGAGUUUAAGAAGUUCCUGCAGAGAAAGUCUAACUCCAUGUACAACUUUGAGCAGCCCGUUGUCAUGAAGGCCUUCGAGCACCUGCAGCAGCUGGAGUUGAUCAGACCUGUUGACUCCUCUUUAGCCAAAACACAGAGAGAAUACCAGUUGAUGAGACUUGUGCUGGACAACAGCCAGAUCAUGGAGGCUCUGCAGAAGUACCCACAAUGCCCCACAGAUAUCAAACAGUGGGGCAUGUCUGCAUUUGGUUAGGGUUCUAAUCCUGAUCGUGAGGAAUGACAUUUUAACAUUGUACUAAAAUAAAAAUUGUUUUAAUAAUACUGUUUUUAAAGGUCAUUCCAUAAUUGGAGGACAUCUAUCGUUCAAAAAUAUAUAUUUCACGACAUCAAUACGUGAAUGAUCACUACCAGCCUUCUAGUUCGAAUGGACUCGACCUCCAUCACCAUCAAAGGUAGUGAAUGAGUUAGUGUAUGACAAAGCAACUAGCUGUAAUAAAUCCUAAACUCCUAAGUAUUCCAAAUCCCCUUUACAUUUUUAGCACUACCCU